UAAAGAAAUCAUUAUUAAAAAGAUCGGAAAAAAAAAACUAGAAGAAAAGGACAAGAAAUAAAAAAGGAAGUAACCACUCAAGUUCAUGAAUCUCAAACAGAUACAGGUCCGACGACACACACACUAGUUACUAUAAAAACCCUUUUCCCCCAUAAGUCUCUCUCUACUCCUCCUCGCACAAGGCACAAAUCCUCUCAUCUCAAAAUAGUUAAAUUAAAAAAACAAAAUGCCUAACAGUUCAGUAACCGAAAUUUCAAAAUGCGUAGUGCAUCCGGAGAAGAAGUCCACUGUCUCCGAUCUCCGUCUCUCCGUCUCCGAUCUCCCUAUGCUCUCUUGCCACUACAUUCAGAAAGGCGUCCUCCUCACGCGCCCUCCUUCUUCUUCCUUCUCCUUCGACCACCUCGUCUCCUCUCUCCGCCGUUCUCUCUCCUCCACCCUCUCUCUCUUCCCUCCUUUAGCCGGCCGUUUCUCCACCUGCCCCGCCGGUCACAUUUACAUCGUCUGCAACGACGCCGGCGUUGAUUUCGUCGCCGCCUCUGCCAAACGCGUCAAAGUCUCCGACGUUCUCCUCCCGGGUAAAGACGUUCCCCUUCUCUUCCGCGAGUUUUUCGUCUUCGAGCGUCUCGUUAGUUACAACGGCCACCACAAGCCUCUCGCUGCUGUUCAAGUGACGGAGCUCCACGACGGUAUUUUCAUCGGCUGCACCGUCAAUCAUUCCGUUACCGACGGCACCUCCUUCUGGCAUUUCUUCAACACCUUCGCUGACGUCACUAGCGGCGCCUGUAAGAUCAAACACCUCCCGGAUUUCUCCCGUCACACCGUCUUCGAUUCUCCGGCUGUUCUACGAGUCCCUCCCGGUGGUCCACGCGUCACUUUCGACGCCGAUCAGCCUCUCCGGGAGAGAAUUUUUCAUUUCACCCGAGAUGCCAUUUCCAAACUCAAACAGAGGUCCAACUACAGGGUCAACGGAAUCGAAACCGCCGCUGGCAACGACGCUAAGAAAUGUAACGGUAACGGGGAUAUAACGACCGCCGUUCUGGAGAGUUAUUUGAAAUCGGAUAAGAAGAAUCAUGAUCGAACGGCUGAGAUUUCGUCGUUUCAGUCUCUCAGCGCUCAGCUAUGGCGAUCCGUUACGCGAGCGAGGAACCUCGAUCCGAGCAAGACGACGACGUUUCGAAUGGCGGUUAAUUGCCGGCACAGGCUUGAGCCCAAGAUGGAUCCUUACUACUUCGGAAACGCGAUACAGAGCAUACCGACGAUGGCGUCCGCGGGUGAUCUGCUAAGCAAAGAUCUCCGGUGGUCCGCCGAACAAUUACACAGAAACGUGGUGGCGCACGACGAUGCGACGGUACGCCGUGGAAUCGCUGCUUGGGAAAGCGAUCCGAGGAUGUUCCCUCUGGGGAAUCCAGAUGGAGCUUCGAUUACGAUGGGGAGCUCGCCGAGAUUCCCAAUGUACGACAACGAUUUCGGAUGGGGAAAGCCACUAGCGGUGAGGAGCGGCGGAGCGAACAAAUUCGACGGGAAGAUAUCGGCGUUCCCAGGUAGAGAAGGGAACGGAAGCGUAGAUCUGGAAGUAGUUUUGGCACCGGAGACUAUGGCUGGGAUUGAGAACGAUGCCGAGUUUAUGCAAUACGUAUCACAAGUCAGUUACGAGUGUUGAAAGCGACGUCGUUUGUACCUGGUCUUCUUCUUGAUUGAUAAUGACCAAAAAAUAAUAAAUAUCUAUAAGUUGAUAAGAGGAAGGAACUUGAUUGAUGACAUGGCACUUUCAACGGUUGAGAUUUAUCAACAGAUUUUUAGAUAAUAUCCAAGAGUUGUGAAGCGACGGCGUCUUACGAGAGUCAUACUGGUCUUUGUUGUAUCCUUUCACUGGGCACGUUCUUAAUGUGACUGUAUUAAUGUACAAAAUCCCGUCUUUUUCAAUUCGAUAAUGGUGUGAGCUUUUUCUCUUUU